CGGUCGUCCCUUUUUUACACCCCCUUUUAUCACAUUCGUCUAUCUCGUUUUUUUACACGUUAUAUACAUAGGCUUUUUAUGUUAAUUUCGUGACUUGACUACAUAUAUGUGCAACUGCAGCGCUCGCCGUGGCAUGCAGCUGGCUCUCGUUGCUAUUUCUUCUUCUUCUUCUUCCCUUUUUUCUUUAUUUUCGUUACUUUUUGAUCGGUAGACCAUCCGAGCGACAACGUCGUUGCCAGUACUGCCGGCAGAUUGGCAGAGCUUUCGAUCAGCGCCAGUUGAAAGCUCGCUUGGCACCAAUCGGCGAUCGGCGGUGAAAAAUUGCUUACAUUACCACAGCAGACAAAAAUACAGAGGAUCGGAUACUUACUGUGGAAUUAUGUGAGGGCAAGUGACACGUGUGUGCUUGUAUUAAUCGUGGGUGUUAUAAACAGACUGAUGUACUUGAAAUUUGAAAAGAUGAUUUUUGGUACUUCAUAAAUAAGCAGCUAGUGCACGAAACGAUCGGAACGACAGCUGCACGAAAGUAUAUAUAGGCAUUCUCGAGCGGUUUGUUUUAAAUAUAGAUCGGUGAUAUAGUGACAGAGUUGUGGCAGAGAAGCGGUUUGUUUGAUUUCUUCGGCAAUUACUGUUAGUGCAAUAAGUGACUCGACGUAUAACAAAGGUACACGAGUCCAUGACAACUGAAUUUAGUGAUCGGUAGGAUAUAUUAAUUAUGUCAGAGCUGCAACUCCUUGUUCCUUUUUUCCCCUCUCGCACAUGAGCCACUCGUCGCGAAAUGAGGUUACUUACUCGAUCGAGUAGUAGUAAGUCAUUGCGAGGCUGCAUCAGCGAUAAACUACGACGACGGCCACGACGACGGGGAGGUUCUGCGGCAGCUUAUCGACGAGUCAUCGAAAAUCCGGCAAACUGAAAGCUCAGAGGCAGCCGCUGGCACAACGACGAUAUGCUUCUUCUCUUUCUAACUGCUCGCAGCUGACGGGGAGAAGACGGAGCUGGCUUGACACGAACAGAUUGGAAAUGAACAGUUCAUUGGGACAAGAUUAUGACGAAUUCCGGUUUCAGAAGGAAGUUAAGCUUGAGGCGGCUAACGUAGAAGAGGAUUUUCACAAUUUGAGAGAUCUAUUGCGCUGUGAACUUUGUGAUCAGAGAUUUGAUACUAAGAAGGAUCUUCAGAGCCAUCUCCUUGCACACAUUGGUCAACCCAGAGUAGUCCUAAAAAGGAUACCUAAUACAAAAACGUCUAAAAAGGAAGCGAGUGAAAAAUUCUGGCCCGAGGUUGAGCCUCGGGGUACACUGAAGAUCACCCUGAAGCUGAAAAAGUCUCCUAUGUCAGAAAGCUUUACUGUUGUCAGAAACAAUUUAGAAGCAGAAAAAAACAGUUGUGAUCAAGAGUACGAACUGGCUACAAAACUCAAGGAUGACCAUCAGAGUGAUUCAGAGGAGGAGGAAAAAACCAGCGAACAGUCAUAUGAAAAUGUGAUAUUAAAUCAAGAGAAUGAUUAUGAAAAUGACGAAGAUGAUGAAGAAGAGAAUUUGGAAAGUGAACCAGAUCAUAAUCCAUUAGAAAGUUCUGAAAGGCCUAUAAUGGAUAAUAACGAGGCAGACUCUGGGGUUGGCAGUGACACUGCCAAUCUUUUAGAAAAGGAGGAUCAAAAUGUUGAUGAUUUGCAAGGAGAUAAUAAUAGUAAUUCCGAUCAGAAUGAGUUGGCUGAUAACGAAGAUCAAGAAAACGAGGAGUCUGAUGCCCUGGAAGCUACAUGCAGGGAAACUAUAGAAAACUUGAAAAAACUUGGCGAACUCGAGUCUAGGUACGUUUAUUCCAGAUCUUCCGAAAUUCUCGAUCCCAGAGCUGAUUCUGUGGAAAACGAGGAGGAAGAGGUCGUAGACGAAGAGGAAAACGAGGCAGAAGAAGACGAAGAGGAGGAGGAACGUAGACCAAGAAAUUUAAUUGAAGAUCGUUUUCAAUCGAAUAGCGAAAUAAGCUUGGUACCAAGGUCAGCACUUAUGGCCGAAAAGCCGAGCAGUACGACGCACGAAAAAGAAACGGAAAUCCUACCGAUCGGCGGAGGCUCGAGCAUCAGCUGGACCAAGAUCGUGAACGAAAAUUCGAAUAGCAAUAAAAGUCGUGAGGACAGCCGCCACUCGAUGGACAAAGAUGAGGUAGAAAACAGCGAGAGUGCGGGCUCGAUACUCCAAAACUUCCUGCUCGAACAACAGCGGGGCCAGAACGAGUCAAGAGAUAUACCGCUUGAAACUGAAUAUGUGUCUCUGGAGAAGCUCGCCGAGUCUGUGAACACAUGCAAAGUUUGUAACGAAAAGUUUAAGGACAUUUCUCAUCUUGACGCUCACAAAUCGAAGGUCGGACACUACCAGUGCAGCUCAAGAGACUGCAGUUCUUUGGUGUUCAAGACACCAAUGGAGGUGUCGGUGCAUAAGUCCCAGGAUCACGGGGCACCGGUCUCGCCUAGCGUCGCCAGUUCGUCGGUGGCCAGUGUAUCACCCCACAAUUUGUCCCAAACCCACUCGCCACACUCGCAAUCACCCCAUCUAAGUCAAACGCACUCGCCUCUCAUGAAUGCUCACUCGCCGCAUUCGCCCAGCGUUCAGGUGCCUCAGCAUCCGUCCCGAAGCUCACCCAUCACCUCGCCCCAUGCCAAUUCACCUACGAUACCCACAAUCAGUCAGCAGCACACCUAUCCACCAGUCAAUAUGGAGCAGCUUCCUGUGCCUGUACAGCAGCUUGCCCAGCAAGUGCAACGAAUGCCUCUGCCUCCUCAGCCUGUCCAAAUGUCACCAGGUGGACCUUCUAUGAUACCCCAUGGUGCAACUUACUAUCCAGGUCCACCAGGCAGACCACCAAUGUAUGGUAGGGUACAGGGACCACCCAUUGCUUACCCUCCCAAUCUGGCAAUGUAUGCUGCUCAGCAGUAUGCAGCAGCAGCAGCAGCUGGAAAUUCGUAUCACCAACAAAUGGGACUGCAAGCUCAGAUGCAAUCCCAAAUGGCACAACAGCAGAUGCCUCGGGGAAGAUAUCCGGCUAUGGUUCCUGGUCAAAGGCACCAGAGGUUAUCACAACCACCCCCACCAGGGUCGUUGGUUCCCAUGCAACGUGUACGCAUGAAGCGACCAACGACUCAGAUAUCUGGUCACCAAAUGCAGCAGCAACAGCAAGUUCAUCACCAACAGCAGCAGGCGCCUCCAAGCGCGGUCAAACAAAGACGCAUGGACGUGCUUUUGCCAGAUCGCAACGAGGAUGCCGACUGUCACGUUAUCGCCCAACAGAAGAGAAACGAUGGACUGCCGGUCAUACAAAAUGUCCAGGGUGGUGCCUCGGUUCAGCAGCAACAAAAUCCCAGCAAUAACAGUGGCAGUGGAAACAGUCGUAGUGACUCAAUGAUUCAUCUGACGGAUGCGAUAACGCUGAGCGUCCGGCAACCCGGUCAUAAUCCAGCCCAAAUCAACGCUAACGUCCAAUCAAAGAAACCUGACGCAUCGUCGGUAGCCAACGUUCUCGCAGCUCGUGGUAUUACCGUGACCCCGGCAUCGAACAAGAAGAACGCCGAACAGAGCAACAGUCAGUCGCAACAACAGUCGUCUCAACAACAGCAGCAGCAAACUCCGCCCAAGCAGCCAAGUGUUGUGUCAACUCUAAAUCUGAAUUCAGCGAUAUCUAUCAUUCCAGCGUCCUCGCAACGUAAACAACAAUUGCAGCAACAGGAACAGAGCGGACAAUUUGCUGUACCGCAAAAUAAACAAAGCAAGCAAGUUAAUAGUGAGGUAGAGCGGCCGCCCAGACCGCCCACAGUUGAUCUUACUCAAGAUAAUGCUCCACUACAGCCCGUGCGUCGAGGCAGGCCGCCUAGAAUGCUUCAAUCGCUGACUUGUCAAAUUUGCGACAAACGAUUCCAAAGCCAAGAAGUGCUAAAUAAUCACAUGACGACGCACAGAACGGCAAACAAGCUACCACAUAAAUGUAAUUUGUGCCCAGCGCAAUACCCGUCUACAGUAGCUCUUGCAAUGCACAAGAAGACCUACCAUAAGGAAGUAGACGCGAUGCAAAACAGCAAUAUCGAACUCGCUAUACCAGUUGUAGAUCUCAAGUCACCCGCAUCUUUGACUCGGCUUAAGAAUCUCGGCAUUCAGAGUUACAUACCGUUAUCGCAGCUAAGUGCAAUGACUGGCGGUAAUUAUGGUUUGCCGAUUGUUACCAUAGACGGAGCCCGAAAUCCCAAUUCAAACAAUCUUGCAGCUUUAGGAGCUACUUCGAUUUUAAGUCUUGGUACAUUAAAGCAUUUGAGCCACAGGUAACUAGUCUAGAUAGUGACUUGACGAUUCAAGAACAGUCAGAUAUGAAAAUGGGUGUAAUAGAUUAAGAACAUAAAUAAUGUAUGUAAGUGAACAUUAUAAAAAGUUUAGUGCUGAAAGACGUUUUCUUACUUUUCGAUGAUUCAAAGAAGUAUAAAUGAUUUUCAUUACACAAGUAAUGAAAUAUUUAUUGAUCUGUUCAUAAUUUUUAUAUGGACGAUAAUACCACUG